UCUCAAACGAUAGAAAUAAACACAAAUGAUUGAAUUCAUCUCUUCCUAGUGUAAAGGAACAUACUAUCUUUUUAUAUCUGAACAGAGAAAUCUUUUUUUGUAUCAAGAAGUAAAUUUUGGGGUCAUUUAAAGUCGUAUGCACUAACUCCUAAGCAAAUUCCUACUGCAAAUGCUUUAAAAAACGCACGUGAUUAACUAAACCGUACCUCUCAUUCGAUUUUAAAUAGAGCAAAUUGUGAUUCUUUUGCACUUACGAUAAAUAUGUCUUUGUGUAAAUGAAGUUCGUAUAUUAUGGUUUUCUCACAUUGCAUUGUACGGACUUUUAUCUAUUUUGAGACUUUCGAAAAUAAAAACGUACAUUCCUGCUUGAUUUACAAACUCAUCAAUUGUUGUAAGAAUUUUUGUUUUUUUAUAUUACCAUGUACAGCGCGAACUGAAAUUUUUAUUUUGUAAUAAAAAUAUAUAAGCUGUUUCAUUUGCAUAAAUUCAUUGAAAUGUCGAAUAUACGAAUUCCUCAAAGUUGAAUUAUAAUGAUUAUGGAGCUACGACCCCAUGAUAAGUAGGGUUUAUAAAAGAAUUAAUUAAUCUCAUUAAUGAUGUGCAGCUCAUUAUCAUAAACGUCUAUUCUGAUUAAUUCUGUGUGAUUAUGGGGGUUGUCAUCUUGCAUGAAUUACGUGCUGGUACCAUUACGAGGUCUUUAGUCAUUAGUCCGCGGAGGCGGUCUCUCGGGCGGGUAUAAACACUGGACCGGAGGCGUGUGACUAUAUAUUCCCGAACUGGCCGACCAAGUGGUCGUGUGUUUUAGUAGUCUUCAAAUAUAUCCACCAUGGCAUUUUUGAAGCAAUGUCUAAUUUUCUUACUUGUUUGGAUCGGAUUAAUAAACGGCCAAUCUACACCACUUUUCAAAGCCAAUGGAAAAGUCGUAUGGCAAAGUGAAGGAUUCAAAUUUGAAGAAAACACAUCUUCGACAGUUGGCGGUACAGCUGGCCGGUUCACCUCGCCAAUACCAGUGUCACCUAUGGUGAGGGAAAGUACAUUUGUCAUACUGCCAGCCGAGGGAACCCAAUCUGGAGACUUGACACCAGAUUUCGAUAAUGUUCACAUAGAAUCAAUAGAUAAUAAGAUUCAAGGUAAAAGUUCGCUAACAGAAUCAGUGAUAAAUGAGUCUGUUGAUCAAACCCAAACUACUAAUGACGUUGCUGAGGCUUCCAUUGUGGAUACACUUUCUCAACCGGAGGAGUUAACGUCUACUGCAGGUAACAUUGACGACGCAGCCACAGAAAAUAAAACUACGGCAGUACCCGCGGACGUGGUUAUAGAAGGUGAAAGACUUGAUGCUAACAUAAAAUCCACAAAUCCUGAUGUAAUCUUUACAACAAGUUCUACCCGUAACAGCGACGUGGAAACCCCUGCGCAUAAUUCAACCAAAACAACUAGUGCGUCUCCUAUUCAUAUCUCAAAAAGCGGCGAUGGAGUUGCGAUUUUAUCUUCUAGUCCAAAAUUAAACGACAUUAGUACAACAACUGUAACAUAUAUUCCAGAAGAAGACUUUCAGACGACGACAGACACAUUAGAUAAUUCAGAUAACACUAUGACAACUUCAUCAACAACCGGGCCUUUUUCGAUUGAUUCCUUUGUAAACAUGCUUUUAUCAGAUAAGAUGCAAGCUGAAGUUACAGGCACUGAUGAAAUCCAACAAAGAGAAAAAGAAACUAAUCCAGAACCCUUACCUAAAUUGGAAACAACCCCUGAACCAACAACAGAAAAGGCAACUACCCCUGAACCAACAACAGAAAAUGCAACUACCCCUGAACCAACAACAGAAGAGGCAACUACCUCUGAACCAACAACAGAAAAGGCAACUACCCCUGAACCAACAACUGAAAAAGCAAUCACCCCUGAAUCAACAACAGAAACGGCGUUUACCCCUGAACCAACAACAGAAAAGGCAACUACCCCUGAACCAACAACAGAAAAAGCAAUUACCCCUGAACCAAAUACCGAAAAGGAAACAACAUCCGAACCAACAACAGAAAAAGCAACUACCCCUGAACAAACAACAGAAAAGACAAGUGCAUCAGAACCCAUAACUGAAUUGGAAACUACCCCUGAACUGACAACAGAAAAAGCAAUUACCCCUGAACCAACAACAGAAAAGGCAACUACCCCUGGACCAACAACAGAAAAAGCAAUUACCCCUGAAUCAACAACAGAAAAGGCAACUACCCCUGAACCAACAACUGAAAAAGCAACCACCCAUGAACCAACAACAGAAAAGACAACCACCCUUAGACCAACGCCAGAAAAUACCACUGACUCUGAACCAACAACAGAAAAGGCAACUUCUCCUAAACCAACCACUGAAAAGGCAACCACCCCUGAACCAACAACAGAAAAGGCAACCACCCCUGAACCAACAACAGAAAAAUCAACUACCCCUGAACCAACAACAGAAAAGGCAACCACCCCUGAACCAACAACAGAAAGGGCAACUACCCCUGAACCAACAACAGAAAAGGCAACUACCCCUGAACCAAAAACUGAAAAAGCAACCACCCUUAAACCAGCAGAAAAGGCAAUUACUCCUGAACCAACAACUGAAAAGGCAACCACCCCUGAACCAACAACAGAAAGGGCAACUACCCCUGAACCAACAACAGAAAAGGCAACUUCCCCUGAACCAAAAACUGAAAAAGCAAUCACCCCUGAACCAACAACAGAAACGGCAUUUACCCCUGAACCAACAACAGAAAAGCCAACCGACUCUGAACCAACAACAGAAAAGGCAACUACCCCUAAACCAACAGAAAAGGCAACCACCCCUGAACCAACAACAGAAAAGGCAACUACCCCUGAACCAACAACAGAAAAAUCAACUACACCUGAACCAACAACAGAAAAGGCAACCACCCCUGAACCAACAACAGAAAAGACAACCACCCUUAAACCAACAGAAAAGGCAAUUACUCCUAAACCAACAACUGAAAAGGCAACCACCCCUGAACCAACAACAGAAAGGGCAACUACCCCUGAAUCAACAACAGAAAUGGCAACUACCUCUGAACCAACAAAAAAGGCAAUUACUCCUGAACCAACAACAGAAAAGUCAACCACCCCUGAACCAAAAACUGAAAAAGCAACCACCCCUGAACCAACAACAGAAAAGGCAACUACCCCUGAACCAACAACAGAAAAGGCAACCGACCCUGAACCAACAACAGAAAAGGCAACUACCCCUAAACCAACAGAAAAGGCAACUACCCCUGAACCAACAACAGAAAAAGCAACUACCCCUGAACCAACCACUGAAAAGGCAACAACACCAGAACCAACAACAGAAAAAGCAACUACUCCUGAACCAACAACAGAAAAAGAAACUACCCCUAAACCGACAACAGAAAAGACAAUUGCAUCAGAACCCAUAACUGAAUUGGAAACUACCCCUGAACUGACAACAGAAAAGGUAACUACCCCUGAACCAACAACAGAAAUGGCAACUACCCCUGAACCAACAAAAAAGGCAAUUACUCCUGAACCAACAACUGAAAAGUCAACCACCCCUGAACCAACAACAGAAAAGGCAACUACCCCGGAACCAACAACUGAAAAAGCAACCACCCCUGAACCAAUAACUGAAUUGGAAACUACCCCUGAACUGACAACAGAAAAGGCAAUUACCCAUGAACCAACAACAGAAAAGGCAACUACCCCUAAACCAACAGAAAAGGCAACUACCCCUGAACCAACAACAGAAAAAGCAACUACCCCUGAACCAACCACUGAAAAGGCAACAACACCAGAACCAACAACAGAAAAAGCAACUACUCCUGAACCAACAACAGAAAAAGCAACUACCCCUAAACCGACAACAGAAAAGACAAUUGCAUCAGAACCCAUAACUGAAUUGGAAACUACCCCUGAACUGACAACAGAAAAGGCAACUACCCCGGAACCAACAACUGAAAAGGCAUUUACCCCUGAACCAACAACAGAAAAGGCAACCGACACUGAACCAACAACAGAAAAGGCAACUACCCCUAAACCAACAGAAAAGGCAAUUACCCCUGAACCAACAACAGAAAAGGCAACUACCCCUGAACCAACAACAGAAAAAGCAACUACCCCUGAACCAACCACUGAAAAGGCAACAACACCAGAACCAACAACAGAAAAAGCAACUACUCCUGAACCAACAACAGAAAAAGCAACUACCCCUAAACCGACAACAGAAAAGACAAUUGCAUCAGAACCCAUAACUGAAUUGGAAACUACCCCUGAACUGACAACAGAAAAGGCAACUACCCCUGAACCAACAACAGAAAAAGCAACUACCCCUGAACCAACCACUGAAAAGGCAACAACACCAGAACCAACAACAGAAAUGGCAAUUUCUCCUGAACCAACAACAGAAAAAGCAACUACCCCUAAACCGACAACAGGAAAAACAAUUGCAUCAGAACCAAUAACUGAAUUGGAAACUACCCCUGAACUGACAACAGAAAAGGCAAUUACCCAUGAACCAUCAACAGAAAAGGCAACUACCCCUGAACCAACAACAGAAAAGGCAACUACCUCUGAAUCAACAACAGAAAAGGCAACUACCCCUGAACCAACAACUGAAAAAGCAACCACCCCUGACCCAACAACAGAAAAGACAACCACCCUUAGACCAACGCCAGAAAAUGCCACCGUCUCUGAACCAACAACAGAAAAGGCAACUUCCCCUAAACCAACCACUGAAAAGGCAACAACACCUGAACCAACAACAGAAAAAGCAACCACCCCUGAACCAACAACAGAAAAAGCAACCACCCUUAAAUCAACAGAAAAGGCAAUUACUCCGGAACCAACAACUGAAAAGGCAACUACCCCUGAACCAACAACAGAAAUGGCAACUACCCCUGAACCAACAAAAAAGGCAAUUACUCCUGAACCAACAACUGAAAAGACAAUUACUCCUGAACCAACAACAGAAAUAACAACAGAAAAAGCAACCACCCUUAAACCAACAGAAAAGGCAAUUACCCCUGAACCAACAACAGAAAUGGCAACUACCCCUGAACCAACAACAGAAAAGACAACCACCCCUGAACCAACAACUGAAAAGGCAACUACCCUUAAACCAACAGAAAAGGCAAUUACUCCUGAACCAACAACAGUAAAAGCAACUACCCCUGAACCAACAACAGAAAAGAAAAUUACACCAGAACCCACAACUGAAUUGCAAACUACCCCUGAACUGACAACAGCAAAGACAACCACCCCUAAACCAAUAGAAAAGGUAACUACCCCUGAACCAACAACAGAAAAGGCAACUACCCAUGAACCAACAACAGAAAAGGCAUUUACCCCUGAACCAACAACAGAAAAGGCAACAACUCCAGAACCAACAACUCAAAAACCAACUACAGCUGCACCAACAACUCAAACAUCAGCAACUUCUAAAAUCUUGACUUCAACGGCAGCUCCUCUAGAAAAUUUAUGUGUUAAUAGUGUCUACAUUGACAGUAUCGGCUACAACAAAUAUCCCGGUUCCUGUAACAAAUUUGUCCAAUGUUAUAACAACUACCAGAACACCAAAGCUGUUCUAAGGGAAUGCCCCGCUGGGUUAUUCUGGCAUCAAGACCAUGCUAUGUGCAAAUCUCCAGACAAGGUCCCGUGCUUUGAAGACCACUGUCUCAACCUCGGCGUAGAUGCUUACAAACGUUCAGGUGGUUGUAGAUCCUAUUUCUCUUGUGAAUAUGGAGUUUCCGUUCCUACCUGUUGCAAAAAGGGCUUCCGAUUUGAUGGAAAGGCCUGCGUGAAAGAUAGCUCGUGUAACGACAUUUGUGUAACACCAAAUGAUUUGAAAAGAAAACUGAGCCAACAAAUGUGCAGGUUUCUGCCGGACAAGAACAAUCGUUUUGGGUACCUUACCCUAGAACACAGCGGUAUCCGUUUUCGGGCUUGUCCUUAUGGAACUGAGUUCAGUGCCCGCCAGUGUGGAUGUACAUGGAUCCAGUUCACAGCUUACCAAAAUCCAAGAAAAGAAGUUUGCAAACCUGAUUUCAAGAUGAAUUUCGACACAAACUCAUUCAGAGAACUUUCCGGAUCCAACAUGGCGUUCUAUGUUGAAAACGCCGUUGCUCAAAACGGUGCGGCUAAAUUUAGAGGAAACGGGAAAAUAACCAUUUGGGGCUUUAUGAACAAGGAGCUUGGACACGACUUUGCUGUAAGAAUUCGUUUUAAGCCCUUUAACACUGAAGGAGGAUAUGGAAUGCUGGUGUCCAACUGUGGACACGAGGGUCUUCCGACGGUUGAGAUUUCGAUGCAAGACAAAAAAGCUAGACUGAUUGCUAAGAGUAUGCAUUCUAGCUCUCCCUCUGUUCUUGAGUAUCACAUAGUGCCUUAUGAAUGGAACGAAAUUUCUUAUCAUUACAAUGGAAAUACUUUCACUGCGGAAAUUAAUGGCAACAGCAUCUCCGAACAACUGAUUGGCGGAAUAGAAACAAGUCCGAACCCGAUGUUUAUUGGAGGUUGUCCGAAACCAGGAUCCGGAUUUAACGGGUUAAUAGACAACGUUGAAAUCUACAGUACAUGCGUCCCGUCUAAUUUCCUACAGUAAAGAAAGUAAAGAAUGAAAUCCGACUUCAUGUAAACAUCCGCACUCAACUCCCCACAGAUCAUUUCGCAUUUAGUCAUCUACUUAUCCGCUAUUUAUUUUUCAUCUUUAUUUAUUAUCAUAAACCCCAUUUGAUCAGUACGUGCGACAUGACCAAACCCCUUGCAUGUUUGAUGUGAGUGCAAUAUGAUAUUUGUAUUGCAAUUUAUUUACUUGCAAAUCAUAAAAUUAAAAAAAUAUUGAAUAUUCAAAUGUCUUUGUGUUUGUAAAUACAUGUACAAAAGGUAGAUGUAUUAUUCACAAUAAAAGGUUAUGAUCUUUUUGACAAUUUUCACAUGGUAUACUCCUAGUGUGAAGAAAUAUUAGAUAUUUUAACUUAUUUUAAACGUGAUGCUCACUUAGUAGGAUGUACAAGAGAACAUUAUACACAUCAUAAAAAAUUUGCUAUUUUCCUCAUGUUUGCUUGAUAAAUAAUUCUUUUUAUUUCAAUCGGCAUCAUGUUUAAUAAUUGUUAACGCAUAUUGUUUUAGCAAAAGUUUUUUAAAAAAAAGUCGAACUAAACUUGCUCUUCUUAUAGAAAACUAAGCUAACGCGCAUCAUAAUUAUAUUUUAA